ACCCAAGGUCUCACCCACUGGGAAGUAUUGUUCAGCAAGCACUAAGCAGCAGCACACGCGCGCGCGCCUGACACCGGUCUAGACUUGCCGUAGCGCUAGCUGGGGGCCCAGAAACCUAACUCUGAUGCGUACCAUAACCGACUGCGCAUCUGGACACCGCCGCUCAUAAGAGACCGCAACCUGCUCGACGUUGUCGCUACACGUCUCCCCCACCCACACGACUGCCCACGACUCGCCGCUCACCAUGCCAAAGCUCACGAACAUCCCUCACCUUGGCAAGGCCGUCCAGGAUGCGCUGGCGCUCGGUGCGCCGGAUAUCGACACGGACAACCUCCCCUCCAUGUCCGACCUCAACGCAGACAACCUCACCGACCUGGUGCACCUCAUCGACAGCAAGUGUCCCAACCCCCGCCAGAAGUUCCUCAUGGACAAGCUGGUGCAGCACUUGCACGACUAUGUCCGCGAGACGCAGCUCACGACCGAGGAGUGGAUGACGGCGAUCAAGUUCCUCACGGCGACGGGACAGAUCUGCACCGACCUCAGGCAAGAGUUCAUCCUCCUCUCGGACGUCCUCGGCGUGUCGGCGCUCGUCGACGUCGUCAACCACCCCAAGCCCAAGGGCGCGACCGAGUCGACUGUCCUCGGACCAUUCUUCGUCGAGGAGACACGCGAGAUCAACAACGGUGACACGAUCGCAUCAGAGGGCAAGGGCGCGUACAUGCUCGUCAAGGGCAGCGUGAAGAACCUGCGCGGCGAGCCCAUCCCCAACUGUCUCAUCGAGACGUGGGAGACAGACAACGACGGGUUCUACGACACGCAGUAUGCCGAGUACGACGUCGACUGCCGCGGGCGCCUGCGUACCGACGCCAAGGGCGAGUACGUCUUCCGCGCCGUCCUGCCUGUCGCGUACCCGAUCCCCAACGACGGCCCCGUCGGCAAGUGGCUGCGCUCGAUGAACCGCCACGUGUUCCGCCCCGCACAUCUGCACAUGAUGCUCCAGGCGCAGGGGUACGAGGAGCUCGUGACGAGCCUGUACUUCAAGGGCGACGUGUUCCUCACCUCGGACGCCGUGUUCGGCGUCAAGGGCUCCCUGGUCAAGGAGCCCACGGUGGUCACGGACGAGGCCGAGGCAAAGAAGUACGGCUUCAAGUCGGCGCCCUUCAACCUCGUCGAGCAGGACUUUGUCCUCCUUACAGAGGACGAGGCAAAGGCCGAGAUGGCCAAGGCGCGCAAGGAGCGUGGUGUCGACGUCCCGGCGUAGGCUGUACCUGUAGCUGUAACAUGUA